AGCACUCCUCGCUGAAACGGCCUCAGAGAGUCGGGAGCCACACUUCGAGAGCCGCCAUGGUUGUCCCAUAAUGCCUUGCACGGCCCCCACUAGCCGCCCAAGGAGGCCAUCCAGGGCAGCCCGGAAACGGCGGCUCCCGGCACGGACGUGCGACGGAACGCUCCGGGCCCGCCAGCCUAGAGCGUCUCCUCCGAGGCUCGGCCCAAAGGCGCCCACGCGCUCAUCCCCUGCGCCUGUGCAUUUUCUUUUUCCGUUUCCGUCUCCUUCAGGGAACCUUCGAUGGUUGCUGUGCAACAUUUGGGAGAUGCUUGGGGUUAGGGCUGCUGUGGCGGAUGGGACGGAAGAACGGAGCCGCCAGGGUCCCUACUCUCUGGACAAGAGGCUGGGAUUGCUGGCGGUCGUGAAGUGGAAGAGGGAGGUGACUUGUACAAAUAAAGACUGACAGUGAGAAUUAACAUUUGGAUUCAAGAUGAGCUUCCUCUUGCCCAAGCUGACUAGCAAAAAAGAAGUGGACCAGGCAAUAAAAAGUACUGCAGAGAAGGUGUUGGUUCUCAGGUUUGGGAGAGAUGAGGAUCCUGUCUGUCUGCAGCUAGAUGAUAUUCUUUCUAAGACCUCUUCUGACUUGAGUUAAAUGGCCUCUAUAUAUCUGGUAGAUAUGGACCAAACUCCAGCUUAUACACACUAUUUUGACAUCAGUUAUAUUCCAUCCCAGUGUUUUUCUUCAAUGGGCAGCUUAUGAAAAGUGGAUUAUGGGUCUCCAUAUCACACUAAGUUUGUGGGAAGUUUCAAAACCAAACAAGACUUCAUAGAUUUGAUUGAAGUAAUUUAUCGAGGAGCAAUGAGGGGAAAACUUACUGUCCAAAGUCCUAUUGAUCCCAAGAAUGUUCCCAAAUAUGACCUUCUCUAUCAAGACAUUUAGUACAGUCACCCUGACCAGACUUGGAGAGAGAGGCCCAUCUUGAAGCAGUACCUGAGUCCAGCUCUGCUGCUCUGGAGUCCUUGAGGAACGCGGUCAGCAUCCCGGUGGAGAAGAGCUGUGACUGUUCCAGAAAAUACCUCCCCAAGUAGCAGACCACGCAGGCUCCAUCAUGGUGCUUGGGGUGCCUAAGUGUGACUCCCCAAGAACCCAGAGCAGUCAAGUCAACUGCUCCGUUUCCCCAGCGUGAUUUUUUAUAUUUCUCUUUAUAUUGUGCUUUUUCUUUAUUCCUUAAAAUAAUAUAGAAUUCUUCUUCAUACUGGCUAGUACAAUUUGAUUUAACUAUGUUUAUUUGACACACAAUAGUUCCCAUAAGAGCAAAAAGACUUUCUAUCCUGAAUGUACGUGUAUACACCCUUCACUUUCACCCUUGCCCAUUAUCCAGUCCUUGUUAUCACAGUUUCUCUUAGAAUACAUAAUUCUCUACUGACAGUGGGCGAGUUUGUUUUAUUUUGGAGCCUUACUAGCUAGAUUUGUAGAACAGUGUCCUGGUUUGCUCAUUUUACUAGCUUUUAUGUUAUUAAAUUGCCUAAGAAGUGAGAACUUGAGCCUUUACUGUCCAGCACCCAAUUUGAGCAAAAUAGUUGACACCCCUUAGUAAACAGGAACAGCUCUCUCCCAGAAGUCAAAACUGCACCUCUUUUUGAGGCAGAAAAUUGUACUUCAAGGACUCAACUGGAAAGAGAUGUCAGAACUAUCAGGAAGAAAUAUCUUUCUGGUAUUUGCCUGUUUUAAUAACGUUAGGAAGAACUGCUGCUCUUCCAGUGUCUGCUGGCACAACCUGCCACCACUGGGCAAGUCACUGCCUCUCUCAAAACCUCAUGGACGCUACUGGUACUGACUUUCCAGAGUGAGAGAACAGACGCAGGGCCAGAGGGCCGUGUGCCAGGCAGCAUUCGACUCCUGGGCAGCCGUCGGCCUCCUGGCCCACAGAGGCCCCGUCUCCACACUGUCACUGCAAGUGUGUCCCCCUGGCCAGGUGCUUCUCCUCCAAGCCUUGUCUGCAGGGAGAGGUGGCCACACGACCUGGUUCCAACGAAGGUGGCAUAGAAGGAAGGCUGCUGGGUGCUUUUGUGUCCUGCACUGAUGGAAGGAGAGAGCCACUCCAGGAAUAAGACAAAGCAAGGCCCUUCACCACCACCUCCACCUUCUCUCCCCCACUUCCACGCAUGGAACUGCAGCAGCCACCGUAGGACCUCACCGCAGCCAGCGCUGGAUGAGAAGUGAAUGUGCUGAGAACAAUAAAGAGCCUGGGCCCCAGGGAUGGUUUUGAGCUGCUGAGUGAACUCUAGGGCCGCCUCCCCCAGACUUCUAUGAAAGAAUAAAACACCUUCACUCCUGUCACUGUGAGUUGGCUUUUUUGUCACUCACAGCGUAAAUCACAUAGUAUUUGAUGUGUGGUAAGUGCUCAGAUGCCAGCAAAACCUCAGAACUUACAUACAUAAAAUUCCCUUAUCCUCUUUCCUCCUGAGGGCUUUGCAGAAUGUUUCUCCAAAGUCCUGAUUUGUGUUUUUGUUCCUAACUUAGUUGCUUUCCAUUCCACAAGUACUGAUUGGGUCCAUGCUGUGUGUCCUGUGCUGUA